GAGCUGUUGAAAGAUUACAGACAGCGUACAAACUUAAAGAAAGAGAAUUUGAUUUGAAAUGCAUUGACAUUUCUGACAAAAUAAUUGGCAUAUUGAAUAAAAUAGUAGAUACUCCUGCUGCCAAAAAAAUUUCGAAUCAGGAAAGGGAAUUUAGAGAAAAUUGGAAGACACUGACAAAUAAAAAUCGCAAAGAGACAAUAUCUGAUGUAAUAUCAAUCAUACCCGUAUUUACGAGUAAAAUGUGUAUCCUAGCUAGUAGAAAUAUUUGUCAAUCACUGCUGGAAUAUCCAAAAAGUACCACUAUAGAUUGGGAGAUCAAUUGUUCAUAUGAGGAUAUGUUGCUUUGGGCAAUUCUGGAAAACAGACCAAAGCUGGCUUCGAUUUUCUGGAUGAAAUCUCAAAAUCAAUUGCUUUGCGCUCUGCUUGCAAGUUGUCUAUACAGUAAAAUGGCUUACAAAGUCAAAAGCACAAAAGAUCAGUCACGAUAUGAUGAUAUGAGAAAACAGGCCAGGAUUUACGAAGAAAGGAGUGUUUACCUCCAAUCAAAACUAUAUGAGGAAAAUGCUGCACUUGCAAUGGAACUUGUUGUGACGGAAUUUUCUGUUUGGGACAUCACAAUUAGUCCUCUAGAGUGUGCCCACGAAAAUAUGAUGCUUGAUUUCAUUUCACAAUCCUGUUGUCAGAGACGUUUAAACAAGAUAUGGUACAAUGACAUAGGUGGGUCAUUGAAAGGUGUUUUAAAGGCAAGUUAA